AUGGCUGUCAAAGUUGCUUUUGACGGCCGAUCUCGAGUCUACAGAUUGCUUCGUGCCUGGAAAUAUGACCUUUUUGCCUCUGUCUUCUUUGUGCUUUUCAGGUUGUUCUACCGCCAAGUGGAAAUCUGGGGAAAGGACGACUCGUCUCAGGAAGAUGCGCUCAUCUUCGUCGCCGGGCCGCACUCCAACGAUGUUGCAGACACGGGUCUCUUGAUGCCAUUCAUUCUCACCCGCUUCGGCCGUCGAGUGUCUUUUCUCGUUGGUGCAAGGACCAUGGGAAAGCCUGUGGAAGGGUUUCUCGCUCGCGGUGUUGGCGCCACCGUCCUGAACCGCGAGUGGGAUAACGCGACGCUAGGAACUGGUACCAUAUGCAUUUCGUUGGCCUCUUCCGGUCGUGUCAUUCGCGGGUGUGGCACACGCUUCGAUCUGGAAGCUCGACCCGGCGACCGCCUCAUGUGUGUCGUCGCAAAGAAGCACAUUCUCCGUGGGACAGUCGCAGAGAUCUGCGGCCCUGAGAUGUUGCUUUUGACUCAACCACUACGGCUUCCAGAAAACCCAGGCUGCUUGGAGGCGCUCGAUUCAGACCGCCUUGCAAACCUGAGAUACUCGUGGGUCACGGGCGCCAGUUCGCGGGCGCAUUGGGACGAGAUCAUGACUGCUCUACGGACCAAUGGUGCUAUUAGUUUGUUCCCAGAGGGAACUUGCCACGAUCAACCCCAUUUAUUGCCCUUCAAGUCUGGAUUUGCCGUCAUCGCCCUCAAGUACGCUGCCGCGGCAUUCCCUCACCAACGCGUCCGCAUUGUACCUUGCGCCAUACAUCACCAGCAGAGCCAUCUUUUUCGUUCCAAAAUUGGCUUGGAGUUUGGGUCGCCGAUUACGAUUCCGUCUGAGCUUAUCACAGCCUUCAAAGCUGGAAAAGAGAAGCUUGCGGUCUCGGCGCUGAGACGCCUUGUUCAGUCUGUUCUCUCCGAGAUGACACUCCUUGAUUCAGACUCAGACGACAUGAUCCCCAAGGUCAUCAAAGCAUUCACUACGCUAUCCCCACCUCCCUCCAUCCAGGAAACCCUGCAGCGGAAACGCCACAUCGUCAGACGACUCCGCGCGGACAUUAAAGUACAAAGCCUUGAUACCUGUCAAAACCUCACCACCCGCAUCAACCAGUUCAACAAGGAGCUCGCAUCCUUUGGCAUCAAGAGCCUCCCCGUCUCCGGCCACGCCACCACCCUCCUCCUCACCCUGAUGAAGAACAUCCUCCUUCUCUCCCUUACCACGCCCCUCGUGGCACCAGGCCUCCUGCUCUUCACCCCCUUGCUCCUCGCCAGCGGGUAUUUUGCGCGCCGCCAUGCGGCACGAGCAACAGCGACGUCUGCGUUCCGCAUCAGGGGGCAGGACGUGCUCGCGUCGGCCAAGGCUUUGUAUGCCGUGCAGAUGGCACCGGUGCUGUACGGAGCGUUUGCGUGGGGGAUAUCAAUCGUUUAUUCUUGGGGUUCAUUUGCUGGGUUUGGGAAGCCUGUGAUUGUUGUGAUGGGCCUGGUGCUGGUUACGGUGCUCGGGAUCGUGGCGCUUCCAGCGGGGAACGUGGUGAUGGACGCGGUGGCGGAGGUGAGGGACGUGGUGGCAUGUUUGAGGGAGGCGGUAUGGAGUGAAGAGGGGAGGGUGAAGAUGGGGAGGCUUGUGAAGAUGAAGGUGAAGUUGGAGAGUGAGGUGGAGCGGUUUCUCGGGGAAUAUGAAGGCGAGGAGGGAUGUAUGGGGGAUAAGCCCCUAUUUUAA